AAGCCGUGGAAUGAAAAAACACGAAGAAAAACAACAACACCAACGAAUACAAAAUGUCAGCAAGAACGUGCUGUUGAAUUUCAUUAAAAAUUUACCUAAACUUUAAAGUGUGUUAAGGAAAAACUUUUUAAAGUAGUAGGCUACUAGCUACACAGUGACUUAAUUUGAAACCGGAAGUACAGUUCGCUUGUGCGCCAUGGGCAUCGAUAUGGAAUCCGGAAACGCUUAUGCAGAUGUCGAGAAUGUUUUGGACAUAAACAAGUUGACUAUAAAUUCAGAAAACACAUUUAGCAAGAAAACUUCUUGCCAAAAACCGCGGCCUCGGCCGAAAAUCUUCUCAUCGAAUCUAACAGACUGCCUAGCACUGGAUUGUGAAUUUGUGGGGGUAGGGCCACAUGGCAAGGAACAUAUGGUGGCACGAGUUUCCAUCGUCAACGAGCGCGGUGAAGUUUUGUUGGACAGCUACGUUAAACCCCAGAAAACUGUGAUUGACUAUCGGACAACAAUCAGCGGAAUCCGACCGGAGCUGAUGGAGUCGGGUCAGGAAUACCUUACAAUCCGGGACACGGUCAGAUUGCUGUUACAGGGCCGUAUAUUAGUGGGGCAUGCGCUGAAGAACGACCUUAUGGUGUUGAAUCUUAGGCACCCUAAAAAAAUGAUACGGGACACCUCGCAUCACAGACCGAUAGCUCGCCGAAUACGAGCUAUAGGGACACCAAGCCUCAAAAAUCUGUCCAAGCUUAUACUUGGAGAAGAAAUUCAAACUGGGAUCCACGACUCCAUACAAGACGCCAGGGCUGCGAUGAAAAUCUAUCUCCUAUUUCGAGAGGAUUGGGAAAAAUCAUUGAAAAAACUCAGCAGACGAAGUAGAUGACGGUUAUGAUGACGAGUUCGGUUUUGGUUUUAAGCUAAGGUAGUUUUUAGAGAAUAAUUGAUAAUCAUAUUAAAUAACACAUUCGGAGAGUUGUGAUGCGUGUAUAUUUG